CAUUCCCUGAGCGCUGGUGCACCAUCACUAGAUUAACUGUAGGUGGACCACCCGUGCGCGCUCCCAAUUGCGCAUUCAUGUUUGGACGGGUCGGAUUUCGGAUGGAAGUCGGUAACAGAAAAGGGUAUUCGCGUCGCUGUGUCGAAUUGAGCAAUACCCCCUCCUCCUUUGCCCCGGUCAAACCCUCAAACCGUGGCCAGGGACCAACACACCGGGAGAAGAGCGGGAGGAUGUGACUAUUCAACAGAUCAGAUUAUCGGACAGUUUUAUCGCGGUUGAGAACACAGGUGUGUGUGUAACAUCAUUGUUGAGACCAGAGAGCUUGCUGAUCAGAAGCUACUGAUACGACGGUUACUGCUGAAGGUCACACACCAAUGAACACACUUUACAGAGGUACAUACAGCUUUUACAGCUAUGGAGGAUUAAGGUUCAUUCAUCAUCUGUCUGAAGUCCUUAUCUUCAUGGUUUGAGUGAUGGACUUCUCUAACUGUACAGAGGGGUCCUUCUCCCUGGACGAUGGGAGUGAAGAGGUUUCUAUAAUCCCCCCAAGUAAGAUCCUCCUCACCUUCACCCUGUCCCUGCUCGCUGUCAUGACAACGGCCAUCAACUCUCUGGUGAUCACAGCCAUCAUCGUAACCAUGAAGUUGCAUCACCCAGCCAACUACCUGAUCUGCUCUCUGGCAGUGACAGACCUGCUGGUGGCCAUCUUGGUCAUGCCCUUCAGCAUCCUCUACAUACAGAGGGAGAGCUGGCAGAUGGGAGAGGCUGUGUGUUACAUGUGGCUGAGUGUUGACAUCACCUGCUGCACCUGUUCCAUCCUCCACCUGGCAGCCAUCGCUCUGGACCGCUACCGGGCCAUCACUGACGCCGUGGAGUAUUCACGCAAACGCACUGGACUCCGAGCUGGGAUCACUGUCGGCGUGGUCUGGUUUCUGUCCAUCCUCAUAUCCCUUCCCCCUCUCCUGUGGAGGAACCAUGGCGGGGAGCCAGAAGAGGACCAGUGUCUGAUAACUCACCACCACAUCGCCUUUACCCUCUACUCCACCCUGGGAGCCUUCUAUAUCCCCUUGCUCCUCAUCCUCAUCCUAUACUACAAGAUCUACAGAGCUGCUCAGACUCUGUACCUCCGCAGGGGGGCCAGCAGAGGGGCCAGCAGGGCCAGCCGACACUCCUCCAUGGUCAACGGAACCACCCUCCCCUCCUGCCCCCCUGAUGGGGGCCCCGACACCCUGAACCUCCAGGAGAAGUCCUACUCAGACCCCACCACGGAGGGAGACCGCGUGCGCAUUACCGUAAAGAGUCCCCACAGCGAGUCGAGGCGGGAGCGUGAGUGUUCGUUGAGACGGCAGCGUAUCUCAGGGACCAGGGAGCGGCGCGCUGCAUCUACGUUAGGACUGAUACUGGGGGCCUUUGUUGUCUGCUGGCUGCCUUUCUUCCUGAAGGAGGUGAUCGUCAACACGUGUGGCUCCUGCAGCACCUCCAUAGAGCUGGCUGACUUCCUCACCUGGCUGGGGUACCUCAACUCCCUCAUCAACCCUCUCAUCUACACUAUCUUCAAUGAGGACUUUAAGAAGGCCUUCCAGAGACUGGUCAGGUGUAGGCGUCGCCUCUGACACGGACGGAGAGGACACACAUGCACACACACACAAACACGUGCACGGCGUUCAGUUCUGAGUUGUGUUGGGCCCGGGAUGGCAUCUGAUUGCCUGAGAUUAAAGACUAUCGACAAGAGACUUUAAAUUAUUAACCGGAGGAAAUGACCUUAGAGACUAUGUCAAGACUAUGAGACACUCCAGCCAGGUCAGUCUAAUGGGACUGGCACAUUGCUGAGGUCUGGAGGGAAGUUAGGAGGACCUCAGAUCCAUAAGAGCAUAUUUAUGGAGAGCCCUGUAAUCAUCAUCUUCUUGUUUGUAUGGGUUAUUGACGUGGCCGGAAUGGUGUUGAAUGACAUUGAAAGGACAAUGUUUAAAUGACAGACUGAAACAGAUGAAGCACUAGGGUGAAACUCUGGAUGUAGACCAUCGGCCUCGAUCUUUCCAAGGUCUCAGAAAAGCUUACCAUGGUGUUUCUGUCUGUUCUAUAACUAUCAACUCCCCAAGCUAGUCUGCUCUGAAAUAAAACGUAU